AUGGACAAAGAUUGCGACAUGGUUUAUAAAAAUAUUUCUGACCUUUACAAAUCCGAAGAAUUUAAGACAUACGAUAACUUUGUUUCAUUAGUUGCAAAAUGUGUUUGGGAAAUAAGAGAUAAAGAUAGAAGAGGCAAAGUAUGGAACGAACAAAUAAGACCCGCUAUGUUUGAGAUGAAGAGAGCAAUUGACGCUUUAGUUGUUUUAGCUGGUAAUGUUUCAAUGUAUAACGCAAAAACGAUGCCGCAAUGUUCAAAAUGUAAGGCAGCAAUAAGAAAAUAUAACUACUCAGUCAAAGAGAUAGAAAGAAUGCGAAACGACUAUGCAGACUUAAAGAAAGAAGCAGAAAAGCCAGCAGAAGAUAAAAUGGAUAUAUUGACAUUUCUUAAUAAAAACUAUCCAACAGCAGAAGAUUUCCUUCUGUCUGACGUCAAGAAGAAAUAUAAAGAGACUUUCGGCAUGAUUAAAACAUUCGAUGUACUAAAAGAAGAAAUAGAAGCUACGAAAUUGUUUAGGAUUUCAAAUAUACAUCGUACAAUUCAUGUAAAACGCUUGUGA